CUGGUUCAAUCAAGUCAUACGCAGGGAAAAUGUGACUUGCGAAGUUUUGCAAAAGUUAUAAGAGGGCUGAAUCUCGCCGCUAAGCCGAUCAAUCACGAUCAAAGAACUGCCAUUGCCCAUCCAGGUUUAACUAACUACUAGUUACCAUGGCCACGACAACCGAAGCCCCAAACCCCGGUCCCCAGACCCAGGUUGGCUUGACCUCAAAGGUCAUUGCGAUCACGGGCGCAAAUCGCGGAAUCGGUCUUGGAAUCGCCGAAUGCUGCCUCUCCAACGGAGCAGCGCGAGUCUACUCAAUCGACAUCGGCGAGACCGGCGACGAGUUUGCGCAGCUCUCAAAGCGCUACCCAGACAAACUCUUCUCCAUAACUGCCAACGUAUCCGACGAAUCUACCAUCACAGCCGCAAUCGACCAGAUCAUCGCCGAAGCAGGAGCCCUCCACGGGAUGGUCGCCAACGCAGGACGAACGCACCACAAGGCCGCGCUGGACUUCACGACGGAAGAAAUCGAAUCGCUCUUCAACGUCAACCUCUUCGGAGCAUUUUACACCGCGCGCGCAGCCGCUCGCGCGUUCAUUAAACAAGGCAUCAAGGGCUCUGUCGUGUUCACGGCGUCCAUGGCUUCGUAUCGUCCUAACAAGCGCGUCCCUUCCGCUCCCUACGGCGCCUCCAAGGCCGGGAUCCGCAACAUGACGCAUACGCUGGCCAUGGAAUGGGCGCAGUACGGCAUCCGGGUGAACAGCGUUUCUCCCGGGCUUGUCAAAACCGCCAUGACGUAUUGGGUGCCGCAGCAGCCGGACUGGGAGCAGCAGAUGAAAUACUACGGGGGGUUUCCGAGGUUGGCGGAGGUGCAGGAGCUGGGAGGGGCUUACGUCUACUUGCUGAGUGAUGCGGCGAGCUAUACGACUUCGAUUGAUAUUCCGGUUAAUGGGGUUAUUGGAAUUUGUUGAUAUACGGGUCUGGGAAAAAUCGUCUGGCUGUGGAGAUGCGCUUGUUUGGUUGGUUGGGACUCUGAGGCAGUACUGGUGAAAUGAUACUUUCCAUAGUACCAUAGAAUGCAAU